AUGUCAUCGAGCAGCACCAUCUCAACAACGAUCUCCACGGAUCCGAGCUCUAAAUCCUUGGGACACCAAGAGGACGAUGUCAUUCCGUCUAAGAGCCAAAUUUACCGGACAUUCGCACGCAGCAAGCAAGUAUGGCAAAACUUGCACAAAAAGGCCACUUCUAUGCGUUUACAGCGCGAUACUAUAACCCUCUCCCAUCUGGUCCAUGGACUCCCGGCAAUUCCAGACGAUUUACGAGGCGUGAACGAUCUUGCUGGACAAGCGACAUGGGAGAUGAAAACACCCGGAUGCGACACACCCCACAGAACCAUGACUGAGGAAAAACGACGAUGGAGUCUUACAAGGCGGCGACCGACACAUUGCAUGAUAUCAGAUCACUGCCAUUUCUCCUACUCAGACAACGAGUCUAAUGGAAUCGCCCUCCUCUUCCUCGGCUGGGCAUACAUUCUCUGUAUGACCCUGCUAGAGAAGCAGCAGAUUUCGAUGUGUUACCCAGACAACACAUCUACCAUCCCUGAUCAUGAACAUCACUCGGAGGGGCAAAAGCUCACGGUGGACAUCGGACACGCUUCUGAAGAGGAGUUCCGUUGGUGGACUUCUCUCGUCUCCCCGGGCCAGGGGUGGCGAUCGGCCAGCGUGAAACAGCCCGUAUGGGCUAUUGCGUACACUGGCAAUAUCAAGGUCCGACUUGUAGCACAAGUCCUAUCGUCGACAUCGCCGAAUCCGAGCCCGCCGUCAAGCAGACAGGCGGUGGAAUUUCUCUCCAGAUUCGCUUUCAUGUACAACCUUGAUAGUCAAGUCCCCUUGGCUCUCGCUAUGGCUUUGACACUUCCCCUGCACAACGAGACGGCCUCGGUGGUCACACUACCAAGACCAUCUCUUACCAGACGAGAUGCCCAAGUAGCUUCACUUUCGAGCAUCGAACGGGAGUAUAGCAACUUGUCUCGUUACAUGACACUCAGCUCCAACCCCGUCUUCCUGUCGUCGACACUUUGGGCAGUUUUCUGGGAACCAGGGGUGGAGUGCAACCUGGUCAGUCCUUGGUGUGAUCCGAUAAUUGAUGUGGUCAAGCCUUUGGUUGAUCGAGGCGAGCUCGAGAUGCUAAGUCAUGUUCUUGCGCUCCGCCGACCGAACGUUGCUCCUCUAUGGUAUGGAAUUGCCGCCUGUGGGCGGACGAAGACGAUCCUCGCCAUUGUACCCUUCCUCCAGAGUCUUUACGCCCCCGUGCCUUCAAGGCCGAUACCCGAAGUUGCAGCUUGGACAGGUUCUCCGCAAUCGUUCAUGGAUCUCCGUGGGUCAGGAGCUUAUCUACAAGCAGGAGAUCAGGUUGCUAGAGCAGACGUAUGGCGGUUGCGCCACGAGUGCUGGGAUGUCGAACCAGAAGGUGCUCCUUUUCGGAACCCGCCCAUGUGCCCUUGGCCUCCAUUCGGGUUUAUAAAGGCCGAUGAAUUGGAGUUGUCUGUGCGCCUCCACAUGAACUGCGAUAGGCAUCAGUGGGUCUAUCUCCGAUGGACUUGGCUCCUGGGUAAUGGGGCCGAGUUGGCGGAGGAGGCUGCGCUGCCACUGGAGAGUUCUUCUCUGUUCGAGGCUGGAUCGCAGGUGGGCUUGGCUUACAGCUCCGUCCCAGAUCUCGAUUACAGGCCGGAUCACGUAGCCUCAGAGAGGGCAGUCGGCGACAUAUUUCGAUGGGCUGCUACAGAGAUGGAGCCCACAGGGAAAGACAUAUACUUACAUCAUUGGGUUGAAGCGCUGGCAGACCUAGAAAUGGAGGGAAAAGACAGGACAGAUUCGAGCUCUGGCUCCCGUCAGGGCUCUUCUCAUUCUCCUGCUGAACGAGUCGAGGACUGGGUCAUGAACACAGACGUUGAGUGA